CGAAGGAGACUGUCAGACACAUUCGGUCAUCGCGAAAAGGUGAAAAUAUGGCGAUAUACUCGAGUGAGCUGUGAAAAUUUUCCACCCAAAUUUCCCUCUAUCAGUGGUCACAGUGGUCUGUAAAACCGGAAAAUUAAAACAACCGUCUAGCGGACGCGAUGAGCUAUCAGAUAACACUACAAGAUUGCAUCAAUGAUAACACUUUCGAUAUCGAUGCAUUCGAGAGAGCCAUCCAGCAACAGGUUCCGCAGUAUUUCCAGAAUUUGGCAGAGGAAAAUCCCCAGCUCGGAUCGCUGGACCUGGUGUUGGCCUCGGUGAAUGGAGAGCAAACGACAGCAGCAGCUGGCUCGACGAAUGGCACCAGUGGCAUCCGGAGUCGAACCGGUUCUAGCUCCGGUAGUGGAAGCAGCAGUAGUGAAAAUAGUAUUCUGAUUGAAUUUGAGAAAAUUGAUGAACAGGAGGACGGAGGUAAUUAUGAAAACAAUACUCUAAAAGAAGAAGGAGAGCCAUCGCAUGCCACAAUCACAAUCGAGGGACCUGACAACCAAGUGCUGGCCCGUUAUCGUUGCAACUAUGGUAGCUGCAAUCGGAGCUACAGCACCGUUGGAAACCUUCGUACUCACAUGAAAACUCAUCGAGGUGAAUAUAAGUUCAAAUGCACGGAAGACGGCUGCAGCAAAGCGUUCCUGACCUCAUACAGCCAAAAAAUUCACAUCAGAGUACACACCAAAAUCAAGCCGUACGUUUGCCCAGAAAGUAAUUGCAAGAAGGCGUUCAAUACGCGAUAUCGGUUAAGAGCCCACCAGAGGUUACACAAUGGGGAAACGUUUAACUGUGAAGUUUGCUCAAAGUUUUUUACUACGCUCAGUGACCUGAAAAAACACUCGCGGGUUCACACUCAGGAGAGACCUUACAAAUGCAAAGAGGAUAAAUGCGGCAAAGCCUUCACCGCUUCACAUCACCUAAAAACUCAUAUUCGUACCCACUCGGGAGAGAGGCCGUUUUCGUGCGCUGUCUCUGAUUGUCAUAAAGCGUUUAGUACACCGCACAGCCUGAAAUCACACACAAAAACGCAUGAAAAAAUUAAGAAGAAAUCCUCAAAACUUUCCAAAAAGCAACGCAAACUAGACCAAUCCACGAGAACAGAUCGAAAAGUCGUUAAAGUGGAAUCUUCUCCUGACUUAGUGCUUGAUGAUGAUCUUCCACCAUUGGAUGAACCGGAGCCAAACCAAACAACCGACGGACAGGGUAACAUGUGUGUCCAACAGGAAGCUCCGUUUAAUUUGGUGGAUUUCCAUGAAUCCAAAGCGCUGGAAAUGGCAUUGGCAUCGGAGGAAGAAUUUAACGCACCAUGGGUAGAUAUUUCCGUUCUGGAAUCUAAACCAUUAGCACUGGAUCCAGUAACUUCUUCUUGUGUGGCAUUGCCGACAAAUGUUCCGUCGUAUGUUGAUCUACCCUUCAACGUAAGUGUGGCUAACUUUGCUGAGCCUGAACAGAAUGGUAACGGCGGUGAACUGUUUCUGACUGACUAUUACAACGAAAAUUUACUUGAGGAAGAUGUACGCAAAGAAAUUGACAAAGCGAUACAAAUUAGCGAGCAAAAUGUUGCUAAACAGGAACGAAUGGGUGAUGAAGAAGCGGAUACAAUAUUGAAUGAGUUGUUCCUAGAAGGUUUAUUAACAGAAGCUGAGCAACUUCCGGAUACCAACAAUAACAAUAAUAACAGCAGUAUGGAACCCGUCAAAACACUUAAGGACAUAACAGCGGAAGCCGAUAUCUGUCGAUGUGUCAACUGCCGGUGUGAUCCAAUGCAGGGUUGUAUCGGUGGAUGUGGCCCCGAUCACUCUUGCAGACCUAAUUCUACACCUAGUCAACAACAGCAGCCACAGCUAGUAGACUCUCUUCAAUCGCAGAAUCGGCAAAACCAGACAAUGCCUAAAGUUGACGAUCAGCUUGGCAGAGCCAAAAAACAGCCGGAACCUCAGGCUUCUGGUUGUUGUUCCUCACGGUCAACAGCACCAUCGGUAACGUCAGCUGAACCUAUCUCUGAUCUGUUGUCGAGUUUGUUAGGACAGCAAAACUGCAGCUGCAGCGGAGGCCCUGCCGAAGGCCUCUCCAAAGGAUGCUGCGUAGUCAUUUGCCUUAAGACGUUGGAAACACUGAAAAAAGUUCUUACGACGCAGCCUAAUCUUAUCCGUUGUCAUAGUUCCAGUAGCAGCAGUGCCAUUGCCAACUAGUAGAGAAUUUCUUUAUUCUCAGUGUCAACCUGGGUUUGCUCUGGAGCCAACCUAACUGCUGUCAAAACGUUUCUUUAUUCGCUUGGGUGGCACCUUCAAAAUAGAUUGUUGAGCACCGUAAUUUUUGUCAGUUGCAGCAAACCAACGCGUUGGUUUUAAUCGUAAUUCGAUAUCGUGUCUCUUUAUUCCAGUGGUAGGUUGGCAUUGACUCAGUAGAAUAAAGAAAUUCGCUAUAAGCGCAUAUUCAAACCCCCCUCCUCUAAACUUCCCACAAGCAAUUGAACAAAGAUUAGUCAUAUAGGUUUUAGUGUUAUCUCUGUUAGAAAUACCGUUUAUGAUUAUUACUAGCUUAUAUUGUUUUUUUUUUUUUUUUUUUGUAUUAAUAUGACUUGUUUAAUAUCAAGUGCAAUUGAAGGUGGCCAAGCCGCUGUUAACGUUAUCUCUUCGGAAAGAGAUUAUUUGUAUUUUUAUGCCUAUAAUCAUAGUUACCCCAGGAAAAUAUUUAUUCGAUUGCAACCUAGCUGCAUGAAAUGUGUUUGUGUUGCUUCGCAGUUUCGCAUUUAGCUUUUAUUGAUGUUUGGGUUUUUUAAGUUUGGUUAUGUUACCGUUAAUUUUUAUGUCUGUAGUUCAUUCUACACUCGAGAACCAGUUACAGCAAAUGUGCCUCAAUGACGAAAACACUGAACAUAGGUAGAUGAAAGGCGUUUGAACUAUGUCUAUUCUGUAUAAUGUACGUAGUUGAUUGAUUGAAUAUAUUAUUUUAGUGUUCGGUAAAAUCAUCAACCGGUGCUUUCUAGUAACGGCAUUCUACGAAAUGGUAUUCAAACAACAGAUUAGCCUUGAAAUGAAACUCACAUCUUAAGAUUCAUUAAUGGUUGACUCACCUAAUUUAACUAACCGCAAACUGACUAUCCUAUCUUUGAUGAUAAAAAAACUACUGUUUUUACUCUAAUUCCAAAUUCGUCUGUCUGUGCCUGAUGCGUGUGAUGUUUUUAGGAGUAGUAUAAGAACCGAAAUUGUAUGAGAUUUCAAAGUAAAUAAAAUGUUGAACAUCGAUCAAUAAA